AUGGCAGAGUCUACUCACCUUCUCGGCUCCAGGCGGUCUGGGCACGCCGCAAUUAAGGCCGCGAUUAAACUGCAGCUCAAAGUUAUCAUCCCGCCUUAUCGAGGACCGGCCCCGAUGUUUCAGUCUAUCCGCAAUAGUGGUGUCGACAGCAAUAGAGUGUCUCCAUUGUAUGACUAUAAUAAUGACGAGAAUACGCCAGAGAUCCUUUAUUUAUCUCGAAUGUCCGAAUACAGUACUACAGACACUGUGGAGGACAACUACAAAUCGCGUCCCGAGUCUGAAGACCGUACUAGCAGCAUCAUUGUGUCGGCUUGUACGGAUUACUCGGGUAUAUCCUUUGCUUACUGCGAAUACUGUAUGGAGAGAGGAUUCGACCAUGAGCCCGAGCAUUUCCAGCGCAUGAUGUGGAGGAAAUACAUUGAAUGUGAGACUUCGCUGGCCGUUCUCGACUUUUUGGUUGCCUUUCAGCUGCGAUUACUCUUGGUCUUGGUGCCUGUAGUGCUGCUACUAGUUCUGUGGGUUUAUAUGGCCAGUAUAUAG